AAUAAACCCGACAUAUCACGUUUUAAAACCGGUUACUCGCUAAAGAUAACCUUGUGUGUACGUAACGACUACGUAAUUAGGUGUGUUUGAAUAGGUACCUAAACAAUCAGUCUGCAUCGAGAACUUGUCAGAGACAGUCAUGAAGGUCGCCGUUGUCACUGGAGCCAAUAAAGGCAUAGGGCUUGCAAUAGUCAAGGCUCUUUGCCAAAAGUUUGAAGGAACCGUCUACCUUACAUCCAGAGACGUCGAUCGAGGAACUAAAGCAGUAGCUCAACUCCAAAGUCAAGGCUGGGCUCCAUCGUAUCACCAAUUAGACGUGUCUGAUGAAGCAAGUAUUAUAAAAUUCAGAGAUUAUUUAAAAGAAAAACACGGAGGAAUAGAUAUAUUAAUCAACAAUGCUGCCGUAUCAGGAGAUGGAUUUAAAACUACGUACGAAGAUAGCAAACAAGUUAUAGACAUCGAUUACAGAAGCUUACUCACGAUUCAAGAACACUUAUUUCCACUUGUAAGAGAACAUGGACGGAUUUUAAAUAUAUCUAGUGAUUGCGGACACUUAUCUAAUAUUCGGAAUAAAUAUUGGAUAGAUAAGUUAUCGAGCAAAGACUUAACAGUUAGUGAUAUUAAUGAAUUUGUGAAUUGGUUUUUGAACGGUGUUAAAACUGGUACGUUUGAUAAGAAUGAUUUGGCAGACGGUGGUUCGGCGGCGGCUUAUAGAAUCGCUAAAGUUGCCGUCUGUGCUUUGACGAGGCUUCAGCAGAAGGAGCUUGAAUCUAGACAGAUUAUUAUUAAUUCCAUGCACCCUGGGCUAGUUCAAACUGAUAUGACAAGAGGAAAAGGGUUUUUCAGCCCUGAUGAAGCGGCCGAAACGCCUGUGUAUUUAGUUCUAGAUGCUCCAGAGAGCAUCAAAGGAGCGUAUGUGUGGUUUGAUAGAAAAGUGUUAGAUUGGUACGAUUACAAGAGUGAUUGUUACUUUAAAAUGGAGUCGGUCUUUAAGCAUUACGGUGCAGUAGGGCCGGUACUGUAUUUUCUGGCCAGGCACGAGUGGAGCCGGCAUAUAAUAGUGUUUGUAUUUUCAGUUUUGUUUGUUAGUGUUUUGACUCGUAUACUAUCCUAAUGUCUUUGCCACUGUUAGUUACCAAUAAAGGCGGUUUCAGAUGAGCGUCUGGUGAGUUAGUUUACGCGAAUAAUUAUGCUGUCCUUUCAGCAGACCGUAUACGCACUCGCGCUUACGGAAACAAGCUUAUCUACUUAUACGCUCGUUAAAACGCUUAUCUGAAACUACCCUAAAAAGGAAAAUAAGGUGUUCAAAUACGUUUUAUUGGGUUAAAAUAAAAAACUAUGUCAUGAAAA